AUGGCAGAUGAUAGCUCUGAUGAAGAAAUAAAGGUAAGGAUAGGAGAUAUCCCUCUAUCUUAUUACGAAGAUCUUCCUAUCAUUGGCUAUGGAAUCGAUGGUAAAGCUGUAGCCAAAGUCGUGGAAGGCGACGCCCUUGAAAAACAUAUUGCUAAAUCAGAUGACCCCGAAUGGUGAAGAACUUUGACAGACCAUCUCAAUGCGAAAAAAGUAAAAAUCACUGAUGAGAUGCUAGAAGUCAUAAGAAAAAUCCGCCAACGAAAAUCAUUUGGUAGCGACUUUGAUCCAUAUAGAGAUCUGGAGCCUGAAGCUAAGCCUCAGAUUUCUGGAUUUGGAACUGAUGUCAUGCCCCCUAAAAGAAGAUUUGUUCCAUCAAAAUGGGAAAGAAUCAAGAUUGGUAGGCUUGCACGAGCCAUUGAAAAAGGCUGGCUUAAGCCAAAGUUAGAAAAAAAAGAAGAAGUCUUUGAUAUUUGGGCUGAUGAAGAUCAAGAAGAAAAGCCAGCCCCACCCAAGUGGAAUUUGCCUGGGAAUGCUGAAAGCUAUAACCCACCUGAUGAAUAUUUGCUUAACGAAGAAGAAGCAAAAGAAUGGGAAGAAAAGGAGCCGAUGAAUAGAGAAAGCGAGUAUAUGCCGAAAAAAUACCCUAAUUUGAGGAGGGUUCCAGCUUAUGAAAAUAUUAUGAAGGAAAGGUUUGAAAGGUGCUUGGAUUUGUUCUUGGCACCGAGAGUAACUCGGCCGAAAAUAAAUCUUGACCCUGAUUCUUUGAUACCAGAUCUUCCUGACCCAGAAACGUUUAGGCCUUUUCCUGAAAUUUUACAAAUGAAGUUUGUUGGGCACGAACACAGUAUUACUCAUAUGGAUUUUCUAGCAAAUGGGGAAUACAUAGCUUCUGGGGACUCUUCAGGAGAAGUUAAAAUAUGGGAAUCACAGACAGGAAAAUGCUUACUCUCCCCUCCGUGAGUGAACAAAACCAUUAGAAAAAUCGCCAAUUUUUGCCCAAAAACCCACCCUUCGUGAGUGAACAAAAAAUUUUUUAAUAGAAAAUUUUUUUAUAGAAAAAAAUUUAGAUAUAUAAAUGAUAAUUAGUAUAAUGAAAUCUAGAGCUAAUUCUGUUCAAUUUUAAACGAAUUGCUUUUUAAAACAUAAAUUUUGUAAAUUAAAUUAAUAUUUGCUUUCCAAUUUUUGCGAAUUAGGAUUUUUUUUAAUUUCGAAAAAAAAAUUUUUUUUAAAAAAAAAAAAAAUUAACCCCCUCCGUGAGUGAACAAAAUUUUUUUGUUCACUCACGGAGGGGGGGAGUUAGAGAGCCUUAAAUUUAAGAAAAGAAUUUAUUGGCUUGCCUGGAACCCUAUCAAGCCCCUAUUAGCAAUUUGCUGUGGAAAAAAUGUUUAUUUAAAAUCCUUCGAAUGCUCCGACAAAGUAAGCAUCGACUAUGCAGAAGCCCCUGAAAACCAACUUGCUACCUGGGAAUGGAAAGACGACGAAGUUAAAAUAAAAAUGAGAAAAGGUGUCAGAAAAGUAAUCUGGCAUGGCAAAGGAGACUAUUUUGCAACCUUAUGCAAGCGAGAAUCCACAAGCAAAAAAGUUGCUGCCCAUAGCUUAAGCAGAUUUCAAACACAAAAAAUUUUUUCAAAACAAAGUAAAGGCGAUGUAAAAUCGAUUGCCUUUCACACCAAAAAGCCACUAUUUUUCGUAGCAACAGAAAAAAAUAUAAUGGUUUAUAACUUAAAACAAGGAGUUUUAGUGAAAAAAUUCAAAGGCUUAGAAAACCCAACUCAUAUUGCAAUUCAUCCUUCAGGUGAUCACAUUCUUGCUGCUUGCGAAGACUGUAAAUUGUUGUGGUAUGACUAUGACUUGUCUUCAACUCCUUAUAAAACUUUCCUUUAUCAUAAGAGAGAAUUGACUUAUACACAUACUCAUAAAAGAUAUCCGCUUGUUGCUACAUGCUCUUUGGAUAGCACUAUACACAUUUUCCAUGCCCAAGUUUAUCAAGAUUAUAUGCAAAACCCAAGCAUUAUUCCGCUGAAAAUUAUAAAAACUGAUGGAGAGCCAAUACAGUGUUUAUUCCAUCCGAAGCAGCCGUGGAUUGCAGCGGUAAUUGGAAAAGAGAUAAGCUUAUUUAUUUAG